AAGCUUCGUUUACUCGCUCUAUAUAAACAGACACAUCCCAUAUCUUCAUCUCCGACUCAAAAUGAGGAGCGCGAACAAUGGCGAAGAACCAUACACCAAGGAUGGGACAGUCGACUUCCAUGGCAACCCUGCAGUCAAGAAAAGCUCUGGGAAUUGGAGAGCAUGCCCUUACAUCCUCGCAAACGAAUGCUGCGAGAGGCUGGCGUAUUAUGGGAUGAGCACCAACCUGGUGAACUACAUGAAGGAUCGUCUCCACCAGGGAAAUGCCGCCGCCGCGAAGAACGUCAGCAACUGGUCCGGCACUUGCUACGUCAUGCCGCUGCUCGGUGCGUUCGUCGCCGAUGCCUACGCCGGCAGAUACUGGACGAUUUCAAGCUUCAUGAUCGUCUACAUCAUGGGUCUGAGUCUACUGACGCUGACGGCGUCCGUGAGGGGCCUUGAACCCCGCUGCCACGGCGGCGUCUGUGACGCGACGCGGUCGCAGACGGCGGCGGUGUUCGCGGCUCUGUACCUGAUCGCGCUAGGCACCGGCGGAAUCAAGCCGUGCGUCUCCUCCUUCGGCGCCGACCAGUUCGACGAAUCAGAUGCGUCGGAGAAGAAGAGGAAGACCUCCUUCUUCAACUGGUUCUACUUCUCUAUCAACAUCGGUUCCCUGGUCGCCUCCUCGGUGCUGGUUUGGGUUCAGACCGACGUGGGGUGGGGGUGGGGAUUCGGGAUCCCUGCGGCCGCCAUGGCGCUGGCCGUGGGAAGCUUCUUCCUGGGCACGCCGUUGUACCGGCACCAGAGGCCCGGAGGGAGCCCCAUCACGAGGGUGGCGCAGGUGAUCGUGGCGGCGCUGCGGAAGAUUCGAGUGGAGGUGCCGGAAGAUAAAUCUCUGCUGCACGAGACUGCACGGGAAGCUUCUGCCAUCCGAGGGAGCCGGAAACUCGACCACACGGAUCAAUUCGAAUUCUUGGACAGAGCAGCCGUGGAGACGGCCGGAGAUGAGGCGACGAAAGAUGGGCAGGCGAACCCGUGGAGGUUGUGCACCGUCACGCAAGUGGAGGAGCUGAAGAGCCUGGUGCGGCUUCUGCCCGUCUGGGCCAGCGGCAUCGUGUUCUCGGCCGUGUACAGCCAGAUGGGCACCAUGUUCGUCCUCCAAGGCAACACCUUGGACCGCCGACUGGGCCGGGGGUUCCAGAUCCCCUCCGCGUCACUCUCCCUCUUCGACACCCUCAGCGUCAUCGCCUGGGUCCCCGUCUACGACCGCCUCGUCGUCCCCAUCGCCCGGCGGUUCACCGGCCGGGAGCGCGGCUUCACCCAGCUCACCCGCAUGGGCGUCGGCCUCGUCAUCUCCAUCUUCGCCAUGCUGGCCGCCGGCGUCCUCGAGCUCACGAGGCUGAGCGCCGUUAAGCGGUACGGCUUGUACGACGACGGCGGCGGCGGAGCGGUGCCCGUCUCUGUUUUCUGGCAGGUGCCGCAGUACUUCAUCGUGGGGGCGGCGGAGGUGUUCACCUUCAUCGGGCAGCUGGAGUUCUUCUACGACCAGGCGCCCGACGCCAUGAGGAGCAUGUGCUCUGCUCUCUCGCUCACCACGACGGCGCUCGGGAACUACCUCAGCGCCUUCCUCGUCACCAUCGUCACCGGGAUCACCACCAAGAACGAGAAUCUCGGAUGGAUUCCCGACAAUCUUAAUCGCGGCCACCUCGAUUACUUCUUCUGGCUGUUGGCGAUCUUGAGCCUGCUCAACUUCGGCGCUUACCUUUUCAUCGCCAAAUGGUACACCUACAAGAAGACCACUGAACAAAGUCGAUGAUGACGUCGAACUGCGUUGACUCAAUUUUAAGCUGCCAUUUUCAAUUCAUCUACCGAGGAUAGUCAACCACCUUCUGCAUAUGAAGACGCAAAUAAAACACAGAGGAAGUCGAACUAUGAUUUCCAAGAUGAAA